CUAUUUAUGCUGCCCCGUCCGGUGCAGUGACACCUUGAUGAGAAACAGAUUUGCUCCAAGGUUCCGUGCAAGUUUCUUGUCAUGGACAUUGUUGGAUCGAUGCUCGUGUCGCUGCUGCUGCUGGUGUCUGGGGCGUACGCCUCACAGUUCGUGCCUUUUGCUAACAUAAGAUAUACGUACGGUCCUCAGCUACGACCAUCGUACCUCUCCUCCUACUCUGACCUGCCGUACGAGCCUCCUGAGUACGGGCAUAGCGACGGCUAUGGGGCACCUAAGGAGGAGUCUUGCUACGACACGGUCACCCACAUGUCCACCUUCACGAACUACGUCACCAAGACGGCCUCCCUCGUCAAAACUCUCCUCAAGACGAAGUUAAUUACUAUCACUGCCGUACAACGGCUCGUCGAAACUCAGUCGAUAACGGAAACCCGAGUUGAGGUGAAGACAGUCACGGACUUUGAAACGAAGCGUGAAACUGUCACUGAAACAGAGACUGAAACUGCUUCCUUCACUAAGACGCAGGCGACCCUGAGUACGGUCACGGUCAAGUCAACAGAAACCCUGACGGCCACUGAGACGACCGUGCUGCUUCGGUCUACUACGGACGUCUCCACCAAAACCGUCGACCAUACCGUGACCGUGACGGAUAAGUGCGAUCCUCCAGUCACGGUCACCAAGUCUUACCAUGAGCUCUACCUGCCCCACGCUGGAGACGAUGACGACUUUGGUGGUGUGAUGGGCGAUGUAAGGAAAUCAGAGGUUGAUUUCUCUCAAUCAUCUCUGACAACUCCAAGCCUACCAUCGAAAGAGCCGCCAGCACACGAGAGAAUAGGAGAUCUUCCUACCAGCCAGCAAGGACCCGAUGAGGGGAGCAGCCUGCCAUCACCCUCUUCUGAUCCCAAACUUUCAGAACCAAAUACUAAUAUCCAUUUUGAUGACGACAGUGUCUAUAAAUUUGGGUUUAACCGCAUGACUAAAUCAAAUAAUGUCAUAGCUAAAUCGAAUGACCGGAACAGGGCUGGAGGUUAAUGCGUUUAUCAAUCUUGCCUGAUAUAUUCAACUUUAAUAACGCAUUUUCGCUAAAACAAUAAUAAUAAUUUCAAGUUCUAGUAAAGUCAUUUGGUUCUGAACAUUAACGGAAUGGAUUCGCAUGAACAUAUUUCAAUGUGAAGCCGCCACAAGCUACAAACUUUGCAAACAGUAACAUUCCUUUGGCCGCAAUUUCCAUCUCUAUCAAUAACAAUUAAUGUAAUUCGAUGGAGCGCCAAAACUCUUUACCUUCGUUGCCUAGCUUUUCCACGAGCGGAGGCAACCGUAGGAAAGGCAAGCAGCGGAAUGGAGACUUGAACCGUUUUAUUUAUGGGAGGACAUUAAGCAUUGAACUACUUUGCUGGUCCGCCCUGAUCUUUGCCUGGCAUAUGACUGGUCUUGCUAAUGUUAUUGUAGUUCCCGCGUGCGAUCUCCGAAUCCUGCAUUGCGGGUUAGUAUCACAUCAAUGAGUUGAACUCACGUUCUUCUACUCUUCUAAUAACGUGAAUUAAUAUGCAAUUGGUGCACCUGCGAUGCACCAGUCCUCAUUCAAUUCACCAAUUCAAACUCAUUACUAGGCCGCACCUAAUGCAGAGACGGGCCCGCAUCUCAAUUUUGUUAAGGUGAAGGCAAGAAUGUUUUUAAAAUAAUUUCUCUGAAUGAGUUUCUUGCGAGUUUCAUGAAUAUCGAAUUCAUCUCUGCGAUGCUCGACGGUAUGUUCAGCGGUGUGGCGUACAGAGCAUAUGCAUAUUUAUUGAAGCUUUCUUGUAUCUUAAACCAAAUGGAUAUGAUUCAGAAACAGAUACUUUCGGUAUGGGAAUAAACGCGUCAGUUUAUAUGAAUCGUGUUAUAUUUAUUUCUCAAGGUUGGAUGAUUGAGAUCCGAAUAUCUGCUUGCGAAACAUGAUAAGGUCCAAUGAUAAUAAAUAUUAAUUAAUAA